AUGGCUAUGACAGACUACCUGCUACAAUGUAAACCAGCUGCUACAGGCCCUUUGUUUACCUUCAUCAAUGGCAAGUGGCUCUCCUGUGCCUCACUGACUAAGGAGCUCCGUUCUGUACUGCAAGGGUGUGGCCUACCUGCUGAUCGUUAUUUCACACACAGUUUCCGCAUUGGUGCAGCUACCACUGCAGCUGCAGCAGGGGUCCCUUCGUGGCUUNUCUGUACUGCAAGGCGUGCCAUUGACAUCAGCAGCGAGGAGUUAGACUGGAAAGAAGAGAGUUCUUCACGUCUUGGAAGCGGUGUAUUUGCCACUGUGUACCAAGGGAAGAUGAGAAGGCAAGGAGAGGAGGAGACUGUAGCAUUAAAGGUUUGCAGGAACAAGCUUGACGUCCACAGUGCAAGCCUUAUAAUGGCAGAGGUAGAACUUUUGAGAAAAUUGGACCAUCCCCACAUUGUAAAGUUUUAUGGCACAUCCCUUCUCAAGAGCGCGGACACCACAAGAGUGAUCCUGGUAAUGGAAAAGUGCAAAGGAAACUUGAAAAGUCAGAUCUUCGAUCACCCAGAAGCAACACCAGCAAAAACCAAAAAUCCUGAUGUCUUUAGAGAAGUAUGUCAAUGGGCGAGAGAUAUCACUGAUGCUCUUGCGUUUAUACACAAUCAGGGAUUUGUCCACAGGGAUCUCAAGCUAGAGAACAUAUUGCUAUCAGACGACAACUUAGCGAAGAUAACUGAUGUUGGAGUUUCUAAGGAAGUAAAGGACAUCACGGGUACUUUGCAGGGGACCCCUGUGUACAUCGCACCGGAAGUAUUUCAUUCCAAAGUGUAUGAUAGCAAGGCAGACAUAUACAGCUUUGGUUUAAUGCUGUGGGAGAUGUGGCAUGGGCAGCAGGCCUUUGCUGAAUUCAAGGGCCCAAUGACACUUUUUUUCAGUCGGGUGGAUGAAGGCUAUCGUCCGAAAGAUGUGGAAGGUAGCAAGAAGCCUCCAGCCCAAUGGAAGGAAUUGAUGAGCCGCUGCUGGGAUAGAAAUCCAGAGCAACGUCCUUCCGCAAACGUUUGUAAUCAUGAAAUCCUUACACUGUUCUAGGAUGUUGUUAGACCACUGUAACUUAGUCAAUGGUUUGAUCCAUAGGACGUCCAUGGAGCAGAAGAUGCACUCGAAAUGACUAUAACUUUGAUUUAGAUCGUUGUCUUCUUCCUGAUUGAAGGGAAUAUAUAGGCGAUAAUUUUUUCCUCCAGUCAAAUGCGAUUAAUAGACAUUUCAGGAUAAACAUGAAUUUUGAUGUCGAUUUCGUAGGCUUUUGUCUGAUUAGGAAGUGACAAUAAAACGUUUUUGUAUCAAAGAAAAGUUAACACAUUGAAAAACUUUUGAUACUGAUGUAAGGUCGAUGGGAUUUCAAAAAAAGGGGCACAGGAUAGAUUUGUUUGUCAGUAUACUCUUGAACACCAAGUGUUUAGUAUGAGGGGCUAUGUUACUUCAUCCUGGCCUCUACCCUUAUCUCUGGACAGUGAUUUAUUACUUCAUGUAAGCGAUUUAUUAGUAUGGGUUUGAUAUUGGGCAUUUUAGUUUUAAAUUGGAUUUUGUAGAGUAUGUUCCUAUUUUAUGAAAAGCUUAUUUGUUAGAUAAUCUGUAAUCAUGAAUUAGCACAGCCUUAACCGCAGUCACGUGAUUAUACCUUUAUAUUUUUGUACAUAGAUCAGUUUUUUUUUUCAGUUCUAGUAAAGCAGUUGCGUAGAACACAUUUGCUGAUUCAUUGCGUACUCUACAGAAGUACUCCAAACCCGAAUACACAACAGGCGUAUAAAUCCCUCCAGCUUUGGCCUGGAACAAAGUGUGCUUUGGAAAUCCGGAGGGGAUGAUAUGCAACGAAAUUUGAGUUAGCUUGUGAUACAGAUUUUUUCUUCAGCAGAUAAACGAUGCAGAAAAACAAUUGCACAUACUAAUGAAUAGAAAACUACAUGUAACUGAGUAUGGUUUGAAAUAAGUUGUUUACUUGCCUAUAUCGAAGUUCUCUAUAUCUAAAGCGUUUUUCCCAAAUUAAAUGCGCAGUUUACAAUAUUAAGAGCCAACGUCCACAAAAAUCAAACAAGAUCAAAUUUCUUCGCAAGGCUUGAAAAGUCAAAUUAGCUCGUCUUCUGCAUGUAGCAAGCCCCUAGCAAGAGUACAAACAGGCUGUAGUUUUUCAAAGUAUUUGUCUUUCAGAGAAAAACAACAUUUUCGUUUUAACCUUCAGACUCAAUAAAGCAAUUCCCAACUGGGGUAAAAAUCGAUCUUUUUCAUUCCAUUCGCAUUUCGCAACUGUUGAGCACAGAAAAGUUGUAAUACAGCCCGCGGCUUAUUUCAGAACUAUUCCUUGUCUGAAAAAAGCACAAGUUCAGGAAUAUCGGAUUUAUCUAAUUAUUUGGCGGUAAACAAAACCAAAGUGUUCUCUAACGUUGAGUUAGUCGGUCGGUGAAAAGAAUUGUCCGUUUGAUCAUGUGCCAUGUCUCAGAUGUUCAAAAGAGUUUAGAUUCUAAUUAUUCUAGGAUAGGCCUUUCAAUAGAUGUAAGUUUAUUUUGGGCAAAUGAUUAGGCACUCGUCAAGAAAUUAUUCAAAAUUGUCCACAAAAGACACAAAAAUCACACGAACAGCUAUCGAGUGCGCGACCAAAAGUCGUACCAAAAUCUGUAUUAUCACUGUCAUCAGUUCGAAACGUCAGCAUUACCAGGCUAUAAAUAACAUAAAGAUGUCCACCAACUUCGGUUUGUAACAUCCUGAUUCUUGCAAACUGAUUCUUUCGCUGCUUAUUUUCAGCGACCUUCUCACGUUCAUUGCUCAUAUCCGACAUUCAAGAAAAAGCAAUUACCGCCAAGUCCCGUAUGUGUAUUAUUGCAAUUGUAUCAUCUAUCUGUGCGACUUGUGUCGUUUGAUUCAGCCAGUAGAAACAGCUAAAGCGUUAUUCCAUAUGCAACAUUCGGGUUUCCAUUUUGAAGACGUUUGGAAGUCCUCCAUGUUAACUGAAGAUGUGUUAACCGAUCGAGGCAGCCGUGCGUUACAUCUUUUACAUGGUCAGUGAGGGUCGGGAUCUCAGAGCUUUUAGUAGAGUUAAUUUUCUUUGUUCGAAUUUUAAACCGGAAAGAACGGGUUAGUGUGUAGCAUUUUAUCGCUCUACUUAAGAAAGGAGGCCCUGAAUUGGAACUAACAUCGAGAUAUGGAAAAAAUUUCUAACGCUUUUUUUUCGGCAAUAAUCACCACCCCAGCCUUCCCUGUUUGCAGAGACUUUUGCUGGACAAUAUGCAAACAGGAGACGCGGAGCGAUCGAAGAUGGGGAUUUCUGCUUGAAAGCAGGUUGAAUGAUUAUACUGAAAAACACAACGAAAAAAGUAGCAACAUCUGCAGAGGAACUUGCUAAUGUUGAGCGAUUUGGGGGAUUCAAAUUCACCAGAUGAAUGCGUACUGGUCACGCAAACCUAAUGGAACACCGUUGAAAUGGUUUGAUAGGAAUGUUGUUUGACAGUCAAGACAGAUAACCCAGCUAAGGUGAACAUGGUUACGUUGUUUUAUGUUUAAGUGGUGCUGAUAUCCCUAUGAUAUUUCGAAUUGAAGUGAUUUACUGUUAUUGUUACCCUCUGUAAAUAAAGUUGUUAAUUACUUACUUACUAAAACAAUGGUACUACUUUUUGGUCACUCAUUCGACUGCAGGCGUGAUUUUAAUUUGUUUGUGUAUGAUUUGAAUCAUAUUUUGACGAGGACCUAAUCA